AACGAGUACAACCCAAUUUCCCUAUACAAUUGGCAUCCCCAUCUGGACUGUUCACACAACCACUCCGCUUCCAAGUUCCAACUCCUAUCGUUCCGGCCCCCAACGACUCCUCGUCGACUGCAAUCCCGCUUGGUCUCGUGUGAUUGGUUAGAUGGCCAUACUGUAUGGGUUGGUGGCGAGGGGGACGACGGUUCUGGCGGAGUUCAGCGCCGUCACGGGGAACACAGGGGCAGUAGCGCGGCGGAUUAUGGAGAAGCUUUCUGGGACGGCUGAGUCCAGGCUCUGCUUCUCUCAGGAUCGGUACAUCUUUCACAUUCUUAGAUCCGAUGGCCUGACCUUCCUCUGUAUGGCAAACGACACUUUCGGUAGGAGGAUACCAUUCUCCUACUUGGAAGAUAUCCACAUGAGGUUUAUGAAGAAUUAUGGUAGGAUUGCUUCCCUGGCGCCAGCCUAUGCCAUGAAUGAUGAAUUUUCAAGGGUUUUACAUCAGCAAAUGGAGUUCUUUUCGAGGAAUCAUAGUGCAGACACACUAAAUCAUGUCAAGGGUGAAAUUAGCGAGAUACACACCAUUAUGGUAGAUAAUAUUGAGAAAAUACUUGAGAGAGGUGACAGAAUUGAGCUUCUGGUUGACAAAACUGCCACAAUGCAAGAUAAUGCAUUUCACUUCCGAAAGCAUUCAAAGCGCCUUAGACAAGCUUUAUGGAUGAAAAAUGCAAAGCUCAUGCUUUUACUUACAUGCUUGAUUGUCAUCCUCCUCUACUUUAUAGUUGCUGCUUUCUGUGGUGGCAUUACUCUACGUUCGUGCAGAUCGUAACCUCUCCUGGUGUGUCCUUGAAAACUCCAUUUGACGAUUGACGUGGAGAUGGUAUUUUAAUCAGUAAGAAUGUAAGAUGGUCAAGAAUAGUUGAGCAACGAGUUAUGUCUAAUCAUUUUAUGAUGAAGCACAUGGUACCUUAUUAUUGUCACUGUAAAUGCUUGUCAUCAUCAUAAAUACUAUAUCUUGUUGAAAACUACAUUUUUUAAAUUUUUAUAAAUGAUAUAUAUGUAAUGUAUUUAAAUGUAUAAAGAACUACAUAGUAGUAGCAUUUAACCAUUGUUGUUUUCUCUUGUUGACAGUAAGUACCUUAUUAGUUACUCCAUGGGAGUGCAGUACCUACACAAUAAUUUAGAUGCAAUUACCUAAAA